AUGGCGAAUAUCAAUGUCGAGGAGACGCUGAAGAAGCUCUCCAUGGCAGAGAAGGUCGACCUUCUAGCAGGUAUUGAUUUCUGGCACACAAAGGCUUUACCCCAGCACGGCAUCCCGUCCUUGCGGCUCUCUGAUGGCCCCAAUGGUGUUCGUGGCACCAAGUUCUUCAAUGGCAUCAAAGCGGCCUGCUUCCCUUGCGGCACGGCCCUGGGAGCCACCUUCAACGUUGAACUUCUCGAGGAGGCCGGUAAGAAGAUGGGCGAAGAGGCCAAGGUCAAGGGUGCGCAUGUCAUCCUAGGCCCAACCAUCAACAUGCAGAGGUCUCCCCUCGGUGGGAGAGGCUUCGAGUCCCUUGGCGAGGACCCAAUCCUGGCCGGCUUAGGUGCUGCUGCCAUUGUUCGGGGCAUCCAAUCCACUGGCGUUCAGGCUACUAUCAAGCACUUUGUGUGCAACGACCACGAGCACAAGAGAAAUGCCGUUCAGGCCAUGAUCACUGAGCGAGCUCUGCGCGAGAUAUACGCCCUACCUUUCCAGCUGACUGUUCGUGAUGCGAAUCCGGGAUCGUUCAUGACAGGCUACAAUGGAGUUAACGGAACCUAUUGCAGUGAGAACAAAGAGCUUCUCGAAAAGAUACUGAGAGGUGAAUGGGGUUGGGAUGGCAUGGUCAUGAGCGAUUGGUUUGGCGUUUACAGCACCACGGAAGCGGCCCUAGCCGGUCUCGACUUGGAAAUGCCAGGUCCCACGCGCUUCCGAGGCGACCAGUUGAAAUUUAACGUAUCCACCGACAAGGUUCGCACCCACAUAUUGGAUCAGCGUGUCAAGGCGAUGCUCGAGUUCAUCAAGAAGUGCUCAGCCAGUGGGGUCAAGGAUAAUGCACCUGAGGGCACAGCAGAUACGCCUGAGACUGCUGAGCUCCUUCGCCGAAUUGGGAACGAGGGAAUUGUGUUGAUGAAGAAUGAGAAGAAUGUGCUGCCUUUGAAGAAGGACCGCAAAACGGUGGUGAUUGGCCCUAAUGCUAAAAUCGCGACAUAUCACGGUGGUGGUUCGGCUUCUCUUGCUGCUUACUACGCUGUCACUCCAUUCACAGGAAUCAGCAACAAAUUGAGUAUCGCCCCCAAAUACACAAUUGGUCAAUACUCUCACAAGCUGCUUCCCCUUCUGGGGUACACCAGCAAGUCGGCGAAGGGUAAUCAGGGUAUGACAAUGAAGGUAUACACUGAUGGACCAGACGUCUCGGACCGGAAGGUCGUUGACGAGCUUGAGCUUCUUAAGACGGAGAUGCUACUUGUUGAUUACACCAACCCCAAGCUCAAGUCCAACCUUUGGUACGCCACCUUUGAAGGCUCGCUGGUUGCGGAAGAGGACUGCACUUACGAGUUUGGGCUCGUCGUUUCCGGCACUGCGAAUCUUUACGUUAACGACGAACUUGUCGUUGACAACACUGAGAAGCAGACAUUGGGUGACGCCUUCUUUGGCUCGGCAACCAUCGAGGAGAAGGGUUACUACAAAAUGGAAAAGGGGAAGACAUACAACUUCAAGGUCAACUUUGGAUCGGCACCCACAUCCAAGCUUUCCGGAAACACCGUUCUGCAAUCCGGUGGUGCCCUGCGGAUCGGUGGGUGCAAAGUCAUCGACCCCAAGGCCGAGAUCGCCCAUGCGGCCGAACUGGCCAAGAGCGCUGACCAAGUCAUCAUCUGCGCCGGUCUCAAUGCCGACUGGGAGACAGAAGGCAACGAUCGUGCCAAUAUGGACCUCCCGCCCGGCAUGGAUGAUCUGAUUUCCGCCGUGGCCAAGGCCAACCCGAAUACAGCCAUUGUCCUCCAAUCCGGCACCCCCGUGGCCAUGCCUUGGAUUAACGACGUCAACGCCCUGAUCCACGCGUGGUACGGCGGCAACGAGACCGGCAACACCAUUGCCGACGUCCUCUUCGGCGACGCCAAUCCUUCGGGCAAGCUACCUCUGAGUUUCCCCGUCCGCGUUCAGGACAACCCGGCCUUCCUUAACUACCGCACUGAAGGCGGCCGCGUCAUCUACGGCGAGGACAUCUAUAUCGGCUACCGAUACUAUGAGUUCGCCGAGCGCGAGGUCCUGUUUCCCUUCGGGCACGGGCUAAGCUAUACCACCUUCGCCUUCUCGGACCUGUCCGUUACCGCCAAGGAGGGCAAACUGACGGUUAGUCUCACGGUGAAGAACACCGGUGGUGUGAAGGGUUCCGAGGUCGCGCAGGUGUACGUCCAGCCUAAGCAGAAGGCGAAGGUAAACCGACCUGUUAAGGAGAUGAAGGGUUUUGCGAAGGUGGAGCUCGCGCCAGGGGAGAGCAAGACUGUUAAGGUGGAGAUGGAGACGAAGUAUGCGGCAAAUUAUUGGGAUGAGGAGCGCAAUCAGUGGUGUGUCGAGGAUGGGGAGUACGAGGUGAUCGUGAGCGAUAGCAGCAAGGUUGAGGAGGGAAAGGCGGUUAAGGGAAACUUUGUUGUGAAGGAGACAUAUUGGUGGUCUGGGAUCUAA